CCUGUCCUUCUAAGGUGACUGAAAUGUGUUUUCAAAAACGAAACUAUCUCCUUCUUGUCUGAAUGUGUGUGUAUCAUCCUUAUGACAAAACGAUAACAAAACUAGACUUGUAACGACGACCCGGGGAUUUUCGGUGACAAUCACUUGUCAUUAUCCAAAGUGUAGGCAAAUCCGCAGAAUGUUGGCAAAGAAGCCAAGCCUGAACGUGAGUGGAUGACUCAACCUAGAAUGGAGCCUUUAGUUGAAGACCUGGUUGCCUGGCAGUACUGAAGCUGUUUGUACCAUGGCACACUUUGACACAGAAUAUCAGCGCUUGGAGGCUUCAUACAGCGAUUCUCCACCAGGAGAGGAAAACCUGCUGGUGCAUGUACCCGAGGGAGCCAAGUCCCAAUGGCACCACAUAGAGAACCUGGACCUUUUCUUUCAGAGGGUCUAUAACCUGCACCAGAAGAAUGGCUUCACCUGCAUGCUUCUGGGAGAGAUCUUUGAGCUGGUCCAGCUGCUGUUCGUCGUGGGGUUCACUGUCUUCCUGGCUAACUGCGUGGACUACGAUAUCCUAUUCGCUAACAAGUUCGUCAACCACACAGACUCUUCUAAAGUCACCCUGCCUGACGCCUUCCUACCGGUUGAUGUCUGCAGUGCCCGUAUCCGUGACAACGCUCUGGUGAUGUUUGUGCUGGUGAUCUCCGGCGUGUUCUGGCUGCAUCGCCUCGUCAAGUUCAUCUACAACGUGUGCUGUUACUGGGAGAUCCGCUCCUUCUACACCAGCGCUCUCAAGAUGACCAUGGCGGAGCUGCCCUACGUCACCUGGCAGGAGGUGCAGGCCCGCAUCGUGGAGAUCCAGAAGGAACACCAGAUCUGCAUUCACAAGAAGGAGCUGAGUGAACUGGACAUCUACCACCGCAUCCUCCGCUUCAAAAACUACAUGGUUGCCAUGGUGAAUAAGUCCCUCCUCCCUGUGCGUUUCUGCCCUCCCCUGCUGGGGGACUGUGUGUUCUACACCCGCGGCCUCAAGUACAACUUUGAGCUCAUCUUCUUCUGGGGGCCAGGGUCUCUGUUUGAGAAUGAGUGGAGUCUGAAGCCAGAGUAUAAGAGAGGGGGGAACCGGUUAGAGCUGGCAGACAGACUGGCAUCCCGCAUACUGUGGAUUGGCAUCACCAACCUGCUGUUGUGCCCAGUCAUACUGGUGUGGCAGAUCCUGUAUGCCUUCUUCAGUUAUACAGAGGUGAUCAAGCGUGAGCCUGGCUCCCUGGGGGCCAGGUGCUGGUCCCUGUACGGCCGCUGUUACCUGCGCCACUUCAACGAGCUGGACCACGAGCUCAUGUCAAGGCUCAGUAAGGGCUACAAGCCCUCCUCUAAGUACAUGAACUGCUUCCUGUCUCCACUGCUGACAGUGGUGGCUAAGAACGUGGCGUUCUUCGCCGGUUCCCUCCUGGCGGUCCUCAUCGCCCUCACCAUCUACGACGAGGACGUCCUCGCUGUGGAACACGUGCUGUCGUCCAUCACGCUGCUCGGAGUGUGUAUCACAGUCUGCAGGUCCUUCAUCCCUGACAAGCACCUGGUGUUCUGUCCUGAGCAGCUUCUGAGGGUGAUCCUGGCUCACAUCCACUACAUGCCGGACCACUGGCAGGGCAACGCCCACCGCUACGAGACCCGCGACCAGUUCUCUCAGCUCUUCCAGUACAAGGCGGCGUUCAUCCUGGAGGAGCUGAUCAGCCCCCUGGUCACCCCCUUCAUCCUCAUCUUCUCCCUGAGAAGGAAGUCCCUGGAGAUCAUCGACUUCUUCAGGAACUUCACCGUGGAGGUGGUGGGGGUGGGGGACACCUGCUCCUUCGCCCAGAUGGACAUCAGGCAGCACGGCCACCCAGCGUGGAUGUCAGCGGGCCAGACCGAGGCGUCCAUCUACCAGCAAGCGGAGGACGGGAAGACGGAGCUCUCCCUGAUGCACUUUGCCAUCACCAACCCCCAGUGGCAGCCCCCCCAGGAGACCACCCACUUCAUCAGCCAGCUGAAGGAGAGGGUGCAGAGGGAGGCCACCGCCGCCUCGGACACGCACGCCCUCGCCUCGCUGUCCGAGUCCGAGCCGAGGAGUCUGGUGGCCAACCUCUUGGCGGGCCCCCCCACGCUGGCCUCUCUUCAUUUGGGGCGGGACGGGGCGGUCGGCAUGAGCGACGGGGCGUCGGCCUUGCGCUCACUCUCUCCAAUAAGCAGCAGCAUUCACUUGAGGGGCAGCUUCAGCUCAGCUCACAGGCCGGCCGGACACGCCUCUACGACGAGCCGGCCAAUGACAGGAUCCGGGACGGACGCUCGGACUGUCAGCUCCAGCAGCAGUGCGUGGGAAGGUCAGCUGACCAGUCUGGUCCUAUCAGAGUACGCCUCCACCGAGAUGAGCAUCCACGCCCUCUAUAUGCAUGAGAUCCACAAGCAGCAGUCUCGGGGCGAGCUGUCUCGUCACACCUGGCACAGAGAGGACAGCGAUGACAGCAGUGACCCUGAUGAGGGGACAGCGGGGGGGGCCAACCCUAGAGCCUUCCCCCGCUCACACACCUUCCCCUCCUCGGCCCCCAGUCCCAGCCGGAUCCCCGGGCCCAACUCGGCGCCGGGCUCAGCCCACGGCAGCACGGACCCCGUCCAGGAGGGGUCCGUGCAGAGCGGCGGACAGCGGCACUACGGAGGAACAACGGAGUCUGUGGGCACGGCGGGCAGGGUGGUGAGGUCAGCACGGGGGGUGCCCAUGGGAGGGUGGGCAGAGGAGGGGCAGGCUGCCCGGCUUCACGGCCCGGUACCUGAGGAGGGCUCGGAAGACGACAUGCCCCCGCAAAUACACAAGGUGGUCUAACUAACUCCAGUUUGUGAAGAGAAUCCAUACCACAAACAGACACACACACACAGACACACACACACAGACACACACAGACACACACACACAGACACACACACACAGACACACACAGACACACACACACAGACACACACACACAGACACACACAGACACACACUUCCCCCACUCCCUGCUGAAAUUAGAUCCAAGACUCAACAUUGACCACUGCCACAGUCACCAACAGCUCUUUGGUGGAGUAGCAUGUUCUGCUACUUCGACACCCCCGCAUCCAAUGGGUCAGUCAGUCUUUAAAAACAAAUUUAAAGCAUCCACAUGUAAAUCAAGUUUAGUAAACUAAUUCAAAGUUGAAAUCAAGACAGAUGUAACCUACACUUACUUUUAAUUUGUUGAAUUUCCCCCUCCUGUUGCUUGUAUUUAUUGCACAUCCAGGUAAAGAGAAUGUUCUCAUGUAAAGGGAUUGACAGAGGAGUAACCUUCACCUGAAGCACGGUUAUGUUUGCACUUGUAGAUUAGAACUUUUAUUUAAGGAAUCGGUUUUUGAUGCUUCGGCUCUGCCCGCUUCCAUGCAGCAUGUAAAUAAAUACUAAUAAUCUUAUGGACACCGCAAUCAUUCAAUCUUGAUCUUCAUACUGGGAUGUUGGAGCAUUAGAAAUACAAUGCCAUGUAGACAUUGCAGAUAUACACAUCAGCAAGCACAUGUGACUGUAACAUAGGAGACAUUUAAAGGCUUUGUGUGUGUUGAUCCAAUGUUCCUCUAUCAAUGAAAUGGUGUGUUUUUUUGUUUAGUUUUAGGAGAAAAGACCGUUUGAAUAUAUCGACAUCAACCUCAGUGCCAUGCAACAAUAUGCCAUUAAGCACAAGAUCAUGAACCCCUCGCCGUUGAUGAUUUUGAAUAUGAACCGUUUGAAUUGCAGUGGGAGAUCAAACCAUCACUGUCACCAUCCUAUAAAGCAGUCCCAGUUCACAAUAAAUAGUCAAGUUCACCUCGGCAUGCUAUCUCUGUCCCACAGGUUUUCUCCAAAUCCUAUGAAGAAAAUGCACUUUAGUUAAUGGUAUGUUGAUUCCAAAGGGUGUCUCAGUUUGUAAUGUUGGUGUGAGUUUCUAAUUAUGGGGAGGUGACAGGAGAAUAGUUCAAGAAAAGAGUAUGUUUCUGUUGUUUUGAUUGCUAAUAAGAAAGAAGCACAGAUUAGACGUGGCAGACUAUGUCCCUGAUUAGACUACUACAGAAAGCAGUACCAAGUUUAAGGUGAGGUGAAUUAAUGCUUACUGCACAGGAUUUUCUGUUUUAUAUGUCCUUUAAAUGAAUUUUGUACAGUUGUAAAUUCAUCAAUAAAAUGUAUUUAAUAUGU